AUAAACAAUCAAACAAGUACUAACAGUGGGCAUAGCACGUGUCUACCCGUCGUACCCGUCGGCAAGGGGUUAAUGUAACCUGCACCGCUGGUCAUGAUGGGCAGGAAUAGGAUCCUGAUUAUGAAAAUAGUGUCCUUCCUAGAGCCAGCUCUUCCAGUCAUGGCUCAUGGAUGGUACAUUCCAUACUCGGUUAUCAAUGGAAAUAAUGCAAAAUCCCCCUCCUAAAUGCCCACAGCGUCUAAUCACCCUUCAAGAGCUUUAUGCACUUGGUAUGAGUCAUUCCUGGCACUUCAGUCUUUAGCCAAAAAUCUCAUGAGGGCAAGUUCCUGUCACCCCGGCCCUCAGCCAAAUUUUUUCAUGAUCAGAUGGUUAUGUCGUCUGGAUCAUAAGGGUAAACGUGUGAAAGUUGAAAGCUUUUUAUUAUCAUGGGGUACUGGUAUUUUUACCCCUAAAUAUCCAUCUUCAGAAAACAUCCACUAAUCCAAGUAGAGGGAAUAUAUAUGAUGAGAGCAAUGAUACAACUCAUAGCAAAAUUUUCUGAAAAAUAUUAAACAAAUGCUCUACACGUGAUGCAUGAAACUGGAUGAUGGAAACAUAUAGGCCUAUAGGGUUGGACAUUGUUUAAACCAACUUUAUGCAGAGUAUGUCUCUUGUGUAUGGGGAACGGGGUUCUGUAUUGCCAGCUAAGAGUUACAGACAUUUAGUAGAAAAGUAUAUAUGUGAUAUCUUGUAAGGAACUGUAUAUUUUAUAUAAUUCUAUAUGACAUGAUGAAAUUUAAUGUUUCAGGAAUGCUGUAGAAUAUAGCUGCAGUGUUAUUAGUCAAAAUUUGACCUCAACAUGUCAGAAGAACAGAGAAGUGGUGGAGAAAACAGCUCCAGCACAAAACCAGCCAGUCAUACACUUAAACCAAACUACAUACUAAAAUACACACUUUCUGGGCAUUCUAAAGCAGUUUCGUCAGUCAAGUUCAGCCCAACAGGAGAUUGGCUAGCAAGUUCCUCGGCUGACAAAGUUAUCAAGAUAUGGGGAGCUUAUGAUGGAAAGUUUGAGAAGACUUUGUCAGGACACAAACUGGGUAUCAGUGAUGUAGCUUGGUCUCAUGACAGCAGACUCCUUGUAUCUGCCUCAGAUGACAAAACUUUAAAAAUAUGGGAACUGGCUUCUGGCAAAUGUGUGAAAACACUGAAAGGACACAGCAAUUAUGUGUUCUGCUGUAACUUCAACCCACAGUCCAACCUUAUUGUCUCAGGCUCAUUUGACGAGAGUGUACGAAUUUGGGAUGUUAAAACUGGCAAGUGUUUAAAAACCCUUCCAGCCCAUUCGGAUCCAGUCAGUGCUGUUAACUUCAAUCGAGAUGGCACACUUAUUGUUUCUAGUAGUUAUGAUGGAUUAUGUCGAAUCUGGGACACCACUUCUGGGCAGUGCCUCAAAACACUCAUUGAUGAUGACAAUCCACCUGUCUCCUUUGUAAAGUUCUCUCCUAAUGGGAAAUAUAUACUGGCAGCAACCUUAGAUAACACAUUAAAACUCUGGGACUAUAGUAAAGGCAAAUGCCUCAAAACCUACACAGGGCACAAGAAUGAAAAGUAUUGCAUAUUUGCCAAUUUCUCAGUAACUGGAGGAAAGUGGAUUGUCUCUGGAUCAGAAGAUAACCUUAUCUAUAUUUGGAAUUUACAAACCAAAGAAAUUGUUCAGAAAUUAGAAGGCCAUUCAGAUGUUGUACUAUGUACAGCCUGCCAUCCGACACAGAACAUCAUUGCUUCCGGAGCAUUAGAAAAUGACAAAACAAUCAAACUGUGGAAGAGUGACACUUAAAAGAACAUUCUAGAAACCCCUUUUUUCUCUCACUCAUUUAAUAUCAUUAUUAUUAUUAUUAUUUCAUUAUUAUUAUUAUUUUUUCAUGCCUUAUGUCAAGAGUAAUUUUGCAAAGAUGUUUUGAGUUUAUGGCUUAAAAUGAAAGAAUGUUUUUUA